AAUUUCCUGGGCAAUUGCGGCGUGGGUGAGCGAGAAGGAAGAGUUGCAUCCCAAAUAGUGGCUCGGAGACAUUACAGAUUGAUUCAUGGGAUCGGAAGGUCCGGAGACAUCGCAGCGGUGCAGCCCAAAGCGGCAGGCUCCAGUCUCUUGAAUAAACUGGCUAAUUCGGUGGUCUUGGAUGUUUUAAAGCUGGCUGGGGUCAAGGCCACCAGCAGCUGCUUCGUGGUUCCCAUGGCAACAGGCAUGAGCCUCACUUUAUGUUUCUUAACGCUUCGGCACCGAAGACCGAAGGCCAGGUACAUCCUCUGGCCUCGCAUCGACCAGAAAUCCUGCUUCAAAUCCAUGGUUACUGCAGGUUUUGAACCAGUGGUGAUAGAAAAUGUUUUAGAAGGGGACGAGCUACAAACCGAUCUCCAGGCACUGGAAGCCAAAAUCCUGGAUCUUGGAGCUGAUCACAUUCUCUGUGUUCAUUCCACUACAUCCUGUUUUGCUCCAAGGGUACCUGACAGAUUGGAGGAACUGGCUGAGAUCUGUGCCAAGUACGACGUCCCCCACAUUGUCAAUAACGCCUACGGAGUUCAGUCUUCCAAGUGUAUGCACCUCAUUCAGCAGGGUGCCCGAAGAGGCCGAAUCGAUGCAUUUGUGCAAAGUUUGGACAAAAAUUUCAUGGUUCCAGUAGGUGGCGCUGUCAUCGCUGGCUUCAAUGACACCUUCAUACAGGAAAUCAGCAAAACGUAUCCAGGUAGAGCUUCGGCUUCUCCUUCCUUAGAUGUGCUCAUUACGUUGCUGAGUUUGGGCACCAAGGGAUACCGGCAACUUCUUCGAGAAAGAAAGGAAAUGUUUUCUUACCUUUCAACGGAGGUGAAAAAAUUGGCAGAAAGCUACGAGGAAAGAUUGUUGGAUACCCCGCACAAUCCUAUCUCUCUAGCCAUGUCACUGAGAAAACUUGGCGAACAAAACCCUGAAGCUAUCACACAGCUCGGAUCCAUGCUUUUCACCAGACAAGUUUCCGGAGCAAGGGUGGUGUCUCCUGGGACUGUGCAAACGGUGAGCGGAUACACCUUCAAAGGUUUUAUGGCCCACGCAGACCAAUAUCGUUGCUCCUACCUCAAUGCUGCCUCGGCCAUUGGGAUGAAGGCCGAAGACGUGGAGACGUUUGUGAAGAGGCUGGAUAAAUGUCUGAAGGCUCUGAGAAGAGGAAAGGGCCUUCAAGAUGGACCCCUGCCGAACCUAGAUAUGGAUUCUGAGAUGGAAAAAUGCAGCAUAGAAGAAGGAGACACCCCCCCCAGCCUUAGAGACUAACCCCCCUAAUGACUUCUAGCUUAGAAUUUAAAAUUUUUAUUUAAAUUUUUAUUUAAAUUUUGAAAAAUAAUCAGGUGAAAUCAACUCAGGGCCUUCUCCUCCCAUUGUCCCAUUGAAAUGAAUAAAGAAACUUGGAUUUUAUAGGUCCCAAAAAGCCAUUUCGAUUUAAAUUUCAGAUUUAAAUCCAUGUUAAAUUGUUGACGGCUGAGCUGAUUUCUCUUUAACAUUCCUAAAAAGAAUUGGGGUGGUUACACGUCACGAGGGCAGGCAAAUGAGAGUGAGAAGUCAUUCAUUGGCUGCCCUUCUGUAUAUUAUCUGCUACUAUUUUCAAGUGAGUUCGUUGUAAAUUCUGUGCAGGUACUCUUUGAGUUACAACGAACUCAUUUAGUGACCGAAGUUACAAGGGCACUGCAAAAAGUGACUUAGGACCACUUUUCACACUUAAUGACCGUUGCAGCCUCGCCCGAUGGUCACGUCAUCAAAAUUCAGACGCUUGGCAACGGAUUCAUAUUUAUGACGAUAUGUCCCGGGAUCACAUGAUGAUCUUUUGUGACUUUCCGACAAGCAAAGUCAAUGGGGAAAAGCCAGAUUCACUUAAUGACCUUGUUAUGAACUUAACCGCUACAGUGACUCACUUAACAACUGUGGCAAGAAAGGUCGGACAAUGGGGCAAAGCUCACUUAACAACCGUCUCACUUAGCAAUGGAAAUUUUGGGCUCCGUUGGAGUCGUAAGUCGAGGACUAGCUGUAGCUGGGGAAUGCCUUGAUUAGGACUGAAUUCGGUGGCCCCAAAAUCCAGGCAGGCUUGAAAGCUCACCAGAUGCCAUCUUGAGAUAUAAGUUAACCUGCAUGCAAAUGAUGAAUUUGGAUGAACUGGCUAUGAGUAGCGGUUGAGAUGAGUGGUGCGGUGGUCUAGAGGUGGAGCUGUCGCCUCGCAAUCAAGAGGCUGUGAGUUCAAUCCUAGAUAGAGGCAGAUAUUUCUCUCUCUGGGCACGAUGAGGAUAUAUCUGCCGAACAAAACUCCGCACUGGCGACAGGGAAGGGCAUCCGGCCAGUAAAACGCUCUGCUUGCUCCAUUCAUUUGCCCAGACUCCACCCCUCAAGGGAUUAUGGGGUCUUUAAAAGAAGAUGAUGAUGGUGUGUAGCCGUUGAGACAUCAUUCCAAAGCCACCUUUGUCAGGGUGGAUUAAAUUAUCUCCUUUGAAAAGAGUACGUUUUUUUUUAAAUGAUACAAGAAACUUGUAUACAGGAUACGCGGAGAGAAAUGACGUCAGGUUCUCAUAUCCCUUUGAUCAAAACAGGAACUAUUUUUCUUGAAAUAAUGAUGUUUUUCUGGACAGGGUUUCCAGAUUUCAGCGGUUGCUCAUCGUGGUAUUUGUCUGGAUUUGUCAUCUCAGCUAAGCUACCCAUUCUCCUGUCUCUGGAUAAGACAACUGGCAUGGUUAACAUCGCAUUGCCAGUUGUCAUUAUCCUCUCUGGAAUGGGAGGUGUAGUUGAGGUAAAAGAUAUAAACAUGGAGACUUCAGGGCUGCGCGUGCAAAAUAAAUAAAAUAAUUUCUAUUGGUACAACACACGCCACUGGCAACGGCUGCCGAUGCAAAAUUGCAAAGUUUAAACAUGUCGAGGGCAGGACUAUAUAUCUGCUCAAAUUCUAAUUUUCCUUGGGAAGUGGCAAAGCAAUAUGGCAUCCCCAAUAUUUAAGUUCUAAUCAAUAUUUUAGGUUCACUUCCAGGAAAACACAUUGGCGUGUUGGGGGUGUGUGUGCAAACAUAGCAUUUAUUGGCAACUCAUUAAAGCAGCCACAUCUUUUCCCAACAUACAAACAUGCUGGUUCUGUACACGCCUCGGCUUUCUGGGAACUGAAUCCAAACUGCUAAGGAGCUCUAAUUACUAUCCAUAGGAAAGACGAGUAGUGUUGUGCCUCGUCCUCCCUCCUCUCCUCAGCCGGGCCCCUCCCGUCUCCUCCCGGGCCUGCUAUCGGACUCGGAGUCUGAUAAUGAAGAUAAACGGCCUGUCAUGCCUCCAGCCCCCGGCCCUGGCCCCAUGCCCGGACAGGAUGUCAGGAAUGAACAAACAAACCUCACUCCUACAGCGUGCGAGCAGGGAGCCAGCCACGUGCUGGAAUUACCGACAGCAGAUCCAGCGGAAGAGAAUUCACAGUGGGAGGAUCCUCGCUUCCGGAGAUCUGAGAGGCGACGCCAGCAGAAGGAAGGGAGGGGCAGGCCUGGGUAAAUGCUGAGUCAUGGAGCCACACCCCACAGCCUAUAUAAAGGACCUGCUUUUGGCAUUCCAACUUUGAGUCAAGCAAAGUCUCCUCUAGUUUGCUGAAGUCACAACUUGGACUCCUGCCUGCCCUGAGAAACCUGGAAGGAAUUUGGCAAAGCUGCAGAGGCUUCGUUGCCACGCUUGAUACGGACUUCCUAGAUCCGGUUGGCGAAGUGGGAGUGGGACACGACAAGUGCACACCUACCUCCUUGCCUUAAUACACUGUUAACUCUUGCUUGAGCCUCCUCGGUAAAGCAGGCUUCCUAUGUAAAUUAUUUAUUUACAAAACUGCUGUAAUAGUACGUUGAUAAAUAAAUGAAAUUAGCCUAUCAGUGUUGCCAGAAUCGCAAAACCAUCCUCAGCAGGUGAGGGAGCUGUACCUCUUGUUCCAGCUUUCACAUAAUCCUUCACGAAUCAUUUAUUUUGAGACUGCUUCUAUGGAAUCUCAUUAACCUGUCUCAUUAAAGCAGCUGCUUGUCAUUAAAGCAGCUACCUUCUCAUUAAAGCAGCUGCUUUCUCAUUAAAGCAGGAUGCAAAAAAGAAAAGAUGCCUAAUUGAGCUUGCUUGUUUUCUUGAAGACGUUUCAUUACCAGAGUAGGUAACUUCAUC